UGGCCAACCUGAAAGGCCUGGCGGACCCCUUGCCUGGUCUUUCGUGAUUCCUGGCCCUGGUUCCUCCACUCGUGACGAGGGUGCCUUUGGUCACCCGUGGGAUCACCCUGAUCCCGCUCCAGGGCGGAUUAACCUGCGCAUUAUCCUAAUGCUUUUCAAGGUGCGUAAAAUGUGAGCGCGGUGGACGGCCAAGCCUUUGACAAUCAGGGCAUUCAUUCCGGGACUCGGGCUGGAGGUUUCCAGGCAGGUAGAAAUGUCGGGGCGGAUUCUGUGCGCGCAGCAGAGAGUUUAAACAGAAGACGUUGCGCAUUGUUUCCCUGUCGGGUGACAGCCGGGCCGGGCGGGAUGCGUGCGCUCGCCUUGAGCAAGGCCACAGGUGUGUCUCCGGCAGGUGGAGGAUGCCGUUGGCCUUCUGGCCUUCGUCUUCUUUUCCGCGCCGGAGAGGCAUUUCUCUCUGCGAUCCCAUUUGUCUCGCAGGCUUUGCCUGUCACUGAGAGAAGAAAGGCCAGCAUUCGCCCGAGGCACAUACGAGUGGGAAGGUGUCUCUCUCUCCUUGCAAGGCUCGCUCUCUUACAAAAAAGAGUUUCCAUACCCAACAAUGACAGGUGUAUGUAUAGGGAUUGCGCUGCUUUCUGCAGAUCUAGACAAAGAGGCCAUCUAGUCCAUCCUCCUGCCAUACAGAAGCCCACAGGGAAGGUCUACUUCCAUGUGGAGAACAUGGGUGGACUGGGCUGUGGCGUAGCUGGUUAAUAACCAGCUGCAAUAAAUCACUACUGACCGAGAGGUCAUGAGUUCGAAACCAGCCCCGGUCGGAGUGAGCUUCCGACCAUUAAUAGCCUAGCUUGCUGUUAACUUAUGCAGCCCAAAAGACAGUUGCAUUGGUUGAGUAGGAAAUUUAGGUUCCGCUUUAUGCAGUGAGGCUAAUUUAAAUAAUUUGCGACACCAUAAAAAUGCCAGCAGCGUGCGGAAAGAAAUGAGGAAAUACUCCAUCAAGGACUCGGUGUCACAAGUGGACGGUGAAGCGGCAGCUCCCUCAUGGCCGGAAUUGGGCCAGAAGCUGGAAAAUGCUAAAUUGCCUCUGUGUCUGUCUAUAUUUAUUUAUUUAUAUAUAGUAUUUAUAUUCCGCCCUUCUUUCUCACCCCAAAGGGGACUCAGGGCGGAUCAUAUUACACAUAUAAGGCAAACAUUCGAUGCCUUAACAUAGAACAGAGACAGAGACAGACGCAAGCACUGGGCUGGCCUCAAACUCAUGAUCAGAGUGAUUUGUUGCAGCUGGUUGCUAACCAGCCUAUGCCACAGCCCGCCCUUGUUGUAUGUCUAAUGGCAUUGAAUGUUGUCCAUGCCUAUGUGCGUAAAUGGGUUGGAGGGGGCUCCAGAGGCCAUCUAGCCCACCCUCCUGCCGCAGAGAAGCCCACCAGAUGCAGUGGCCGGGUGCCUUUCCCGUGCCCUGUUGUCAAGGCAGGCGUUGCCCGGAUCGAUGGGGGAAACCCAGUUGUAGGAGCCACGGGAGCGUGUGAGUCAGGGCCCAGAUCAGGACGAUGGGCCGAGGAGCGCUGGCACAAACCAGCCCGGCGUGUCUCCAGCGUGGGCGUUUGAUCCUCUCUGGCGGAUGCUGAUCGGGCGCGUUCCUGCCUGGUUCGGCUCUCCCAAACGCCGGCACUCCUUUGCCCCUGGCCUCUCUCCAGCUGCCCUCCGUUUAGGGGUUUUCCAUAAAGCCCAGGCAGAUGGGAUUUGCAGUUCGGCCGUGUCUGGAAUUCUCUGGGAGCGCUAGGGCCUCGCCGUCUCUGGCAGGUGGGAUUCCCAGGCCUCAGGGCUUCUCGGGUCCACACCAUGAAAGGGAACUAUUAUUAUUAUUAUUAUUAUUAUUAUUAUUAUUAUUGACACAAAGACACAGUAUGACACAGCAAAUGAGAUCUAUAUGCUGGGUUUCGUAUCACAAAAUCACAAGUCGAACACUUCCCAAGUGUCUAGGACUAUUUUAUUAUUAUUAUAUAUUAAUUUAUUAUUAUUAUUUUAUUAUGACACAGCGAACAAGAUAGAUAUGCUGGAUUUUGUAUCACAAAAUCACAAGUCGAACACUUCCCAAGUGCCUAGGACUGUGUGAUGUAUUUUCGGAUGAUGCGCACAGAUCCCAGUAGGGUGGCCUUUUGCAGUUGGCAGAUUGUGAUUUUGUCAAUGUCUAUUGUUUCUAUUAUUAUUAUUAUUAUUAUUAUUAUUAUUAUUAUUAUUAUUAGAAACACAACAAGAUGAGUCCACAGCAGACAGUCUGCUGGCUGUCGUAUUGGAUCACAUGUCGGACACUUAUUAUUAUUAUUAUUAUUAUUAUUAUUAUUGUCACAAAGACAUAGUAUGACAGCAAACGAGAUCUAUAUGCUGGAUUUCGUAUCACAAAAUCACAAGUCAAACACUUCCCAAGUGUUUAGGACUGUAUUAUUAUUAUUAUUAUUAUUAUUAUUAUUAUUAUUGACACAAAGACAUAGUAUGACAGCAAACGAGACCUAUAUGCUGGAUUUCAUAUCACAAAAUCACAAGUCGUACACUUCCCAAGUUUUUAGAACUGUUUUAUUAUUAUUAUAUUAAUUUAUUAUUAUUAUUAUUGUUAUUAUAUUGUAUGACACAGCAAACGAGAUCUAUAUGCUGGAUUUCGUAUCACAAAAUCACAAGUUGAACACUUCCCAAGUUUUUAGGAUUGUAUUAUUAUUAUUAUUAUUAUUAUUAUUAUUAUUAUUAUUAUUAUUAUUAUCCUGCUUUUAUAGGGUAUGGCUACAAAAGUCUAAUGGAAACAUGAUGCAGCCUCAAACCGUAUUGGCCUUUUUUGCUGCUGCAUCACACUGCGGCCUCAGCGAAGGAUGAUCUUAUGAUCUGCAUCUGUGUCUGUGUCUCUAUCUAUAUCGGUUGCUUCAUGUUUCCAUUUUGCAAGUCAUCACGAGGAGAUAGUUUCCUUCACCUUUUUGCUGGCAGCACAUAAUCAAUAAGGGUGAGGUGGAAUAUUUAUUGGGUGAGUCACAGCGAGUGCGAAUUCUGCCAAGGUCCACAGCUCACGGGAUGCAGAACCAGAGAGGGCAAGGAUCAUGCGCCUGUCGAUGCUCACCAGGGUGGCCAAUGGCAACAUCCACACUGGGUCUCCAACAGAGGCAGAUCCAUAAACCCCACUGGCCUCGUUUCCAACAGACCUCACAACCUCUGAGGAUGCCUGCCACAGAUGUGGGUGAAACAUCAGGAGGGAAUGCUUCUGGAACAUGGCCAGACAGCCCGGAAAACUCACAGGAACACAAGGAUAGCCAAGUCCAGAUGAAACCGAGAGCAGAACACGCCUCCACCAAUUACGGGGAUUAGGGCCGGUUCUGUCGGGACUUGCUUGGCGGUUCUUCCUCUUCCCCGAGCCCUCCCACCCGUUCACAUUGAUAGAUCAUUGGUCUCCCACAUGCCUUCCCAAAGGCACAUUUUGCUGCCUGAGGCCAAGGACGGGACAACAACCCGUUUCCAUGGGGCUUGGAGUUGGAGUUUUGGGUGGGAACACUCUCGAAGAAAUACUAUUAUUAUUAUUAUUAAUAAUAAUAAUAAUGAUUCAUUUCUGUCCCUUUUCUAUCCCCCGUAUCCCCGGCAUAACAUUCAUACAAAUACAUCAGACAGCAAUACAUGAUCAAUUUAAAACAUCCUAUCCCAACCUGGCUUCCGUAUCAAAAUACUUACAAUACUGAGUGUUUCGUAUGCUACGUAUUUACUUCCAUAGGGAUCUAGGAAAGUCCUGGAAUUUUCAUCAAACGGAUGCUCUCUGCAAGGCGGCACCUAUUGAUCUACUCACGUUUACAUGUUUUUGAACCGCUAGGUUGGCCGAAUUUAUUUAUAUAUUUAUUUGCAGUAUUUAUAUUCUGCACACAAUGCAAGCAUACAUGGAAAACAUUCGAUCCCAUUAUUAGACAUACAACAUAUAUAGACAGACACAGAGGCAAUUUCACAUUUUUCCAGCAUCCGGCUUCAUGAGGUUAUGCUCAAUUCCGGCCACAGAGGGCGCUGCUGCUUCACCUUCCUUGAUGGUAGUACUUCCUCAUUCCUUUCUGCACACUGCUGGCAGUUUUAUGGUGUCAUAAAUUAGCCUCCCGGCAUAAAGCGGUACCUAGAAUUUUCUCCUCAACAGAUGCAACUGUUUUUCGAGCUGCAUAGGUCAACAGCGAGCUAGGCGACUAAUGGUUGGGAGUUCAAUCCAACCCUGGGUUCGAACUCAUGACCUCUCGGUGAGUAGUGAUUUAUUGCAGCUGCGCCACAGCCCGGCCCUAGAAGCUGGGGCUAGCAAAGGGAGCUCACUCAGAACUUGAACCUUGAAGUCCCUCAAUAACUUCAGCACCUUGGAGAGUGCCUGAACCUUCAAAGUCAAACCCUGGAGCCAAAGUCCCCAAACUCAUGGCGACGGAAGCCACCGAGGCAUCCCAUUCACCCCGCCCUUCCCGAAAUGAGUGAUCAACGCUAAUGAUCGGUAAUUAAUAAAUCCCCGGCGUGCGGAUUUCUGCAUCCACAGGCGACUAGUCCUGUAACCUGAAACCUCUUUGGUUUCCCAGUCAAGGAACUGCUUAGACCACAUUCUCCAGAAGUGUUUAAAAAGGGUGGGGUUCCCCAGCACUUGCUCCGGCUCUUUGCACAGUUGUGUGUGUGUGUGUGUGUGUGGUUUUGUUUUUUUAUUGGUGGCAAUUGCCAGCCAGAAAUAUAAAGCGGCGAAGGGCUGGUUGGUGAUCAUUGCCAUCGCUCUCUCUCCCUCUCACCACCCCAUUCUCCCUGAUUGUUGUUAUUAUUAGUAUUGUUAUUACUAUUACUAUUACUAUGGCCUGGCUCAGUGCCUUCCUCUUCCAUCCGGUGCCCAUCUGCCUGCUCUGCGCACUCCUCGCCUUGGCUUCCUUCUGCCUUCCGAGCCGGAGAGCGGCUUUGGGGCUCCCGCCAGGACCCACUCCUCUUCCCAUCAUCGGCAACCUGCAUUUGCUGGAUUUCCGGAGGCAAGACAAGACCAUCCUGAAGCUUGCCAAGAAGUACGGGCCAGUCUUCACCCUCUAUUUCGGAUUCCAGAAAGUGGUGGUCCUGACCGGCUACGAAGCGGUGAAGGAUGCUCUGGUGAACUUUGCGGAGGAAUUCGUGGACAGGCCGGUGAUACCGAUAUUUCAACAGAUCCAGGGCGGAAACGGGAUCUUCUUCUCGACCGGAGAGCUGUGGAGGGCAACCCGGCGGUUCAGUGCCUCCAGCAUGCGCAACCUUGGGAUGGGGAAGGCGCGCAUGGAGGAGCACAUUCGGGAGGAGCUCGGCUUCCUUGUGGAGGACAUCAAGUCUUUCAAAGGCGAAGCUUUCAGCAUCAGAAACUUCAACCUUGCGCCGACCAACAUUACGUUUGUCCUUCUCUUCGGGGAGAGGUUCGACUACAAGGACCCCAUGUUCCUCACUCUGCUGCAACUCAUCGACGACGUCAUGUGUCUCCUGGGAUCCCCAUUCUUGCACAUAUUUAACUUCUACCCGUUCCUUGGGAUUUUUCUCAAGGCGCACAAAAAGUUGCUCAAAAAGGUGGAAGACAUCCGCGUCAUCAUACGGGAUUACGUUGAGAAAAGCAGGCAAGAAGGCGGCAACGGCAAGGGUCUCAGGAGCUACACAGACGCCUGGGUCUCCAAGCAGAAAGAGGAAAUGGGCAAGAAAGACCACCUUUUUCAUGAGGACAAUGUCAUAGCGUCCAUUCUCGAUCUCGUAAUGGCUGGAACAGAGACGGCUGCGACUACAAUGCAAUGGGUGGUCCUACUGAUGAUGAAGUACCCAAAGAUUCAAAAGAAGGUUCAAGAGGAGAUCAGGCAAGCUGUGAAACCAGGCAGCUGGGUCACGUACGAGGAUCAGAAGCGCCUGCCGUACACCAACGCCGUGAUCCACGAAGUCCAGAGGUUUAUCACUCUCCUGCCCCACAUCCCGCGAGCAACGUCGGUCGACACACAUUUCAGGGGCUACUUUCUUCCAAAGGGGACGAUGAUCAUCCCUUCGCUCACUUCGGUGCUCCUCGACAAAAGCCAGUGGGAGACGCCAGACCAGUUCAACCCGAACCACUUCCUUGAUGCCGAUGGGAAUUUUGUCAAGAGGGACGCCUUUGUCACCUUCUCCUUAGGCCGCCGCAACUGCAUGGGGGAAAACCUGGCCAAAAUGGAGCUCUUCUUGUUUGUGACCGGCCUGCUGCAGAAGUUCACUUUCCGGCCUCCGCCGGGACUGACGGAGAUGGACCUGGACCUCAACGUCCCCGAGACCACGUUCACUCUGAGGCCGGUGCCGCAGAUGACCUGUGCGGUUCCCCAGGACUGAGGACCGCGCCCCAUACGUCCGUUUGCACAACGCCCUGGGCUUUUGGGGAGAAGCCCUCCUAUAGAGUAGACCUCGGAUUGCGCACAUGCCUUUGGGUGUCCCAUUCAGACACGCACAACCAAACAGGACAAGUGUGCCUCCACGAUGCCCGUUGCAUUCAACAUUCCUGCUUUUAGGGGUCAAGGUAAAAAGUGGGAUGAUCCAGCGGACAUAGUAUGUUUUCCCAGUUCCUGGCUCUGAAAUAUAGUAUCCACCGGUGCCUGACGGUCUCCCAUCCAACACUAACCCAGGGCUCUCCUUGCUUAGCUUCCAAGAUCAGACAGAAUCUGGUGCCUUUGGAGCGGAUCUCGGCUGAGACAAGUGCUUUCCUGUUUUGUUUCUCAGUGACUCAAGAGCUAGUUAUGAACAAUGACGUUGUUGGGCUUGUUGGUUCAAUGGAGCAGGGACGGAGAAGAGGCCCAAGGAGUGCGCGAGGAAUCAACGGAGCUCCUGAUAAGCGUCAAGGGAGGAAGACCUAGUCUCACAGAUCCAGGGCUGAGGCUGGCGUUGGCGAUGGUUGGCCAGGUUUCAAGGAGAUAGACAUAUUGACCCAAUCAUUGGGGAAAAGUUCACUUCAACCAGGGGUCACUAUCAAUAAUAAAGCUGCUAAUGUUCUA